CCAUGGCACAAAGAAGACGGUGCAGAGUCUCCUCGUUUGCUAGCGAAAGGGAUAGAUAGAUAUAUUUCUUGAUUGUAGUUCUCAGAAGGCCUUUUGGGUGGGGCUUGUGUGUGUGUGUGUGUCGCCAUGGGGCAGUAGGAUAUAUAUACAGUGAGCAUAUGCAAUAGGUUUGGUGUUGCAGAAGCUGUUUUGGUUGUUUAUUUAUGGUGAGGCACCCAAGGACGAUUUAUAGAUAUAUAGGUACUGUAGAUCAGUAAUUUGGUUGUUUGGUGUUUGGAGUAUGGGAUCUAUGAAUAAUUGGUUGGCAUUUUCCUUGGCUUCUCAUCUGGAUAUGCAAGGACAACAACAUUGCCCAAACCAGUCUGGAGUGGAUGCAAGCAAUAUGAUCCUUUCUAACUUUUCUCAGUCUGAUGUUAAUGGUUAUGGAAGUUGCAGUUCCACUGCUUUUGAGCUCCCUUCAAACACAACAACCGCAUCUUUGGGCAUGGGCUCAUUGAGGUCUGAUAAUGGGUCCUUGUGCCUUUUUGAGGCUAUCAAUCGAACCCACAAUGCAGCAGAAUGGCAUCAGAAGAGCUUGAGCUGUCAGACAGAAGCGAUUAAACCUGAAAUAAUGACCAAUGUCAACAGUAACGAUCAGAAACGCCCUAAGCUGGAAGAUUUCUUGGGAGGAUCAUUUGUGGGUGUUCAUUUUUCUGAGGAUUCAGAAGCUCAUAACCUUCACACUUCAGAGCUGGAUCAGAUAUAUGGAAAAGCGCCUGUAUUCAGCAGAGAUUCAGAUCAUAGCUCAGCCAUGAAGACUGGCAUUGUGGGAGAUCAUAUGCAAAUUAAUGGAGCCUCAGAUUUGACCACCGACUCAUCUAAGCACUCUCAGGAUCUGUCUGACCAAGCUAAUGCUUCUACUGCAAUGCAAGACUUAUACAAUAAUAGUGGGGAGGCCUACAACCUGUUUUCAGACUGCAGUCUCCAGCUCUCUCAGAGUUCAGUGAACAACAACAAUAAUAUGUAUGACCUCUCAGAUUUCAAGACAUGGCUGAGGAGCCAGUCAUCUGAAGAACCCAAGUUGAACAGUAAUAGCAACAGCUUUCCCACUAGUACUGCCCCAGUGGAAUCAGAAACCACUGCAAAUAAAGGCCGUUUUGCUUUGGCUAUACCUGCAAAUACUCAAUCCAAGUCUCCUGCAGCAGCUCUUGCAACUACUAGCUCUCAGAAAGAUAAUUCUAAUGAAGAUAUAAGCCCCUCUUCUGAGAGCAAGAAAAGAAGUCUGGAGCAGGCAAUUGUACCAGUGGAGCAAUCCGCAGCAAAGAAAUCCCUUGAUACCUUCGGCCAAAGAACUUCUAUCUACCGUGGAGUUACCAGGCAUAGAUGGACAGGAAGAUAUGAAGCUCAUCUCUGGGAUAACAGCUGCAGAAGGGAUGGCCAGACCCGAAAGGGAAGACAAGUAUAUUUGGGUGGCUAUGACAAGGAAGAGAAAGCAGCCAGGGCUUACGAUCUGGCAGCUCUUAAGUAUUGGGGUCCAUCAACAACAACAAAUAUUCCGAUUUCCAACUACGAGAAAGAGCUGGAAGAGAUGAAACAUAUGUCCAGGCAAGAAUACGUUGCUUCUCUCAGAAGGAAGAGCAGUGGGUUUUCCAGGGGUGCAUCUAUUUACCGUGGAGUAACAAGACACCAUCAACAUGGAAGAUGGCAAGCUCGGAUUGGAAGAGUUGCUGGCAACAAAGAUUUGUAUCUUGGAACAUUCAGUACACAGGAAGAAGCAGCUGAGGCAUAUGACAUUGCUGCCAUCAAAUUUCGGGGCCUCAACGCUGUCACAAACUUUGAUAUGAGCAGGUAUGAUGUGAAGAGCAUUAUAAACAGUGCACUGCCCAUAGGAGGACUUGCAAAGCGCAUUAAAGAGGCAGAAUCAGCUCAUCUUGAGAGGACUGUGGAUGGACCAAGAAUUGUUCAUGAUGAGGACAGCACAUUGAGCUCUCAAACACAUGAUCCUGUCAGCUAUGGCAAUGCCUCAGCUGCAGCCAAAGCUGCACAUGAAUGGCCUCUUCUGGCUUUUCAGCAGCAAGCAAACUCAUCCAUGGCAGCAGCAUAUCAACAAAGAGGCCUAUGGUGGAAACAGGCAAAUGACAACCAAACACACCAAGAUUAUCAAAUACAGUUGCAUCAGAAAUAUCUUCACCCAUCCAUGUUAGCAGGCAAUGGAACUGUUUUGCACAAUCUCAUGGGCCUGGAAUCUGCAGAAGCCAAUAGCUCAACUGCUGGGAUCUACAAUGACAUCUCAAACACUUUAGCAGCCAAUGGGUUGAUGAUGCAAAAUUCUUCUGUAACCCAAUCUGCCAAUUCAUCAGUUGUAUCUGCUACUCACUUCAGUGACAAUUCAGAAGGAUCGGUUGCUUCCAAAGCUGCAUCAACCUAUGAAAACAUGAUGUCUGCAGAUCCAUCAGGAAGAGGCCUAUACUAUUUAACUCAGCAGCAGCUUGGAAGAGUUGGGUAUGAGAAUCUUACAUGUAACAACAACUGGAUGACACCUUCUCUUCAGACUUUAGGCUCUAAACCUAAUCUAGCAGUAUGUCAUGCUCCUGUUUUCACUGUUUGGAGUGACACAUAGUAGUAUUGUAGCUCUCUGAUCAUGACACAUUCUUAGUACAUACUAAUUUUAUAUAUUGUUAUUGCUUACUUUAUAUGCGGAAGUAUAGUAAAAUCUAACACCUUAGGCCCUUAUUUUGACCAUUUUUGGAAGGGUCUAAGGCCUGCUACUUACUUACUGGUUAUAUGGAGGUCUACAAGAGCUUUGCCUUCACUUGGGAGUAACAAGGCUUUUGAAAUCAGGAAGUGAAUUUUUGUCGUAGCUCAUAAACCCUCCAAGCCACAAGUUUAUCAUGGGUGGCUUCUCGAUUUCUUUUUGUAUAUUCAAAUACUUGAUAUACUAAUAAAGUAUUUUCUCCCUUCAACGCAAUCACGGUAAAGGGGAGACCAAAACUAUUCAUUACACUA